ACCACCCAUCCCUCAAAGCAAAAAAACAGAAAACACCUUCUGCACAAACAACAACAACAACAACAACAACAACAACAACAACAACAACAACAACAACAACUCGGAGAACUGCGAGCCAAUAGAAUUCAGAGCAGCAGCGCAUUCAGAGCCAAAGUGCACAGAGUCCGAGGCCGUGGUCUAAGCGUGCGCCACGCAUCGCCAAAGCUUCGAGUGCGGGUCCCCAGAUUUUUUUGUCUUUUCUCUUUCUCUUCUCUUUCUCUUCCUCUACACUUCCUCUUCUCUCUCUUCACCACCUCACCUCCUCUUCUUUUCCAUGAUCCGUCUCCGUGCUGUCUCAGCGCUCUGCCGGCGCCCUCUUCCUCUCUCCGCCAAACCUCUCCCCUCCUCCCUCGGUCGUCGCGCCUCGAGCAUCUUCGCGCCAACUGACUCAUUCGCAACCCGCCAUGUCGGUCCCCUCGACUCCUCAGACACCGAGCACAUGCUCACCACUCUCGGCUAUCAGUCUAUUGACUCCUUCGUUGCCGACGUGAUCCCCGACAAGAUCCUCACCCGUCGUCCGCUGGCUGUGCAGCCGCUCAACGGGCUCUCCGAAUCAGAACUCACCGCCAGGCUCCGAGAAAUCGCGGCAAAGAAUACCGUUCUACGGUCGUAUAUCGGAGAAGGAUACUAUGGCACAAUCGUACCCCCUGUGAUCCAACGCAACAUCCUCGAGUGUCCCGAAUGGUACACCUCCUACACCCCCUACCAGCCCGAGAUCUCCCAGGGUCGUCUAGAGUCCCUACUCAACUACCAAACCCUCGUAACUGAUCUGACUGGGAUGUCAAUUGCCAACGCCUCCCUACUCGACGAAGGAACUUCGGCUGCUGAAGCCAUGCUCCUGAGCUUCAACGCCGUCCGGGGGAAGAAGAAAACCUACUACGUCGACCCUAGCGUGCACCCCCAGACUCUUGCCUGCAUCAAAUCUCGAGCACUCGUCUUUGGAAUUGAUGUCGUACAGGAAUUGCCCUCUGACGACAAAGAUCUGUUUGGUGCAGUUGCGCAGUACCCUGCCACUGACGGAUCAGUCACCGACUUUUCUGAGCUCGGAGCUCGCGUCCAUGCGGCCGGCGGUCUAUUCUCUGUCGCCUCUGAUCUGUUAGCGUUAACCGUAUUGAAGCCACCCAGUGAAUUCGGAGCAGACAUUGUCUUUGGCUCGUCCCAGCGCUUCGGUGUACCCAUGGGCUACGGUGGUCCGCACGCUGCGUUCUUCGCUGCCGCUGAUUCGCAAAAACGAAAGAUCCCCGGUCGUCUGGUCGGAGUCAGCAAGGAUCGUCUGGGUGACAGCGCCUACAGACUUGCGCUCCAGACUCGCGAGCAGCAUAUCCGCCGGGAAAAAGCUACCAGCAAUAUCUGCACUGCUCAGGCUUUGCUGGCGAAUAUGGCGGCUAUGUACGCGGUCUACCACGGACCUGCGGGUUUGAAGAGGAUUGCGAACCGCGUGUACUCUUUGACUACUGUGCUCGCGGUUGCUCUCAAGCAGCUCGGUUACAAUGUUUUGAACGAUACAUGGUUUGAUACGCUCACCGUCGAGGUCGCUGACGCAGACAAGGUCCUUAGCCAUGCUGUCGCAAAGUACGGGAUCAAUAUUCGCAAGAGUGGUCCCUCGGUUGUGAGCCUGUCAAUCGACGAGACUGUCACCAAAACCGAUCUUUUGGAUCUCGUGUCGGUCUUUGCCACUCUCUCUGAUCAAUCACAUGCUUCGAUCACCGAGGACUCUCUCGACGAUAUCGCUGGCGAGUUGGGCAUCUCUGUAGUCAAGCCUGCUGCUCUUCCUUCACAGUUUAAGCGUUCUGGCAAGAUCCUAAACUACGAGGUAUUUAACAGCUACCACACAGAGACGGAAAUGCUCCGCUAUAUCCACCAUCUGCAGUCUAAGGAUCUCUCGCUAGCCAACAGCAUGAUCCCGCUAGGAAGCUGCACGAUGAAGCUCAACGCUACAACUCAGAUGGCUCCCAUCUCUUGGCCUGAGUUCUCCAGCCUGCAUCCAUUCGUCCCCCGCGAUCAAGCAAAGGGCUACACCGAGCUUAUUUCCGAGCUCGAAGCGGAUCUCGCAGACAUCACGGGCUUUGACGCGACCUCUUUGCAACCAAACUCGGGGGCCCAGGGUGAGUACACCGGCUUGAGAGUCAUCCGGUCCUAUCUCGACGCAACAGGCCAGUCGCAGCGUAAUGUGUGCUUGAUUCCUGUGUCGGCGCAUGGAACCAAUCCGGCGUCUGCGACCAUGGCUGGAAUGAAAGUCGUGGCAAUCAAAUGCACGCCGCAAGGUGAGCUCGAUAUCCCCGAUCUCGAAGCCAAGGCCGAAAAGCACAAAAAUAACCUCGCGGCGCUCAUGAUCACGUACCCGUCCACGUUCGGCGUGUUUGAGCCCCGAGUCAAGGACGCCAUCGACAUCGUGCACGCCCGAGGCGGCCAGGUCUACAUGGACGGCGCGAAUAUGAACGCCCAGAUCGGACUCUGCAGUCCCGGUGACAUCGGGGCCGACGUGUGUCACUUGAAUCUCCACAAGACCUUCUGCAUUCCCCACGGCGGCGGCGGUCCUGGAGUCGGUCCUAUUUGCGUCAAGUCGCAUCUCGCGCCGUUUUUACCAGGACACCCCGUUGUUGCUAUGGCUGGCGAUCAGAGCUCUGCGAUCCAGCCUGUCGCGUCUGCGCCUUGGGGAUCUGCCAGCAUCCUGACGAUCUCCUGGGCGUACAUCAAGAUGAUGGGCGGCAAGGGCAUCACAAAAUCUACGGAGUACGCGCUGCUUAACGCCAACUACAUGGCCGAGAGACUACGCGCUCAUUACCCGAUUCUGUACCAGAACGCCCAGGGACGUUGUGCGCAUGAGUUUAUUGUCGACAUCCGAGUUUUUAAAGAAACCGCCGGGAUCGAAGCCAUCGACGUCGCCAAGCGUUUACAAGACUACGGCUUCCACGCGCCCACCAUGUCAUGGCCCGUCGCCGGAACACUAAUGAUCGAACCCACCGAGUCUGAGAGUCUCGCGGAGCUCGACCGGUUCUGCGAUGCGAUGAUUUCGAUUCGCGAGGAGAUCAGAGAGAUCGAGGAAGGAAGUCAGCCGACGAGUGGGAAUGUUUUGAAAAACUCACCGCAUACGAUCAAGGAUCUGACUUCUGAGAACUGGGAGCGGCCGUACUCGCGAGAAAAGGCUGCGUUCCCGUUGCCUUAUUUGCGGCAGAGGAAGUUUUGGCCUUCGGUGACUCGUCUCGACGACACCUACGGCGACUUGAACCUCUUUUGCACUUGCGAGCCGCCCGCUCUAGAAAGCGACGCUUAAUCCCCAAAAAAAACUUGUCGCUGUCGUCAGCCCAUCGAGACCUGACUAUUUCAACAAUAGCAUAUUCGUCAACACUGCUUGCUGUCAGCCUGCAUUCAGACGUCAGUCAUCUUUUCUUCAUCUGUUUCUGUUUGUUAUGCUUUUCAAGCAUUAUAAAAUUCUGCUAUAAGUUAUUAUAGAUAGCUACAUCUUCUUGUAUGCCUGUUUUCUUAGAUUUAUUUUGUUCGCGAUUUGUUUGAUGUUUGCUUUGUUUAUCCGGAGAUCGGCGUCUAAAGUUCAACCUUUCAUGUGCACUCUUAUAGGUACUUAUUUAUUGUAAUGCAGUGUACACACUGUAAAUAUAUAUUUCAAUCAACACUGUAU